AUGCUACCAUCCUCUACUAUCAUACCGAUCCGCACCAAGUCACCAUCCACAAUGAUGUCCUACGCCGGCGUCGCCGCCUCCCCACGCGCCUCCCCCCGCGCCUCCCCCCGCGCCGGUGCCCCUGCCGGUGCCCCUGCCGCCGGUGCCCCUGCCGCCACCCCCCGCGCCACCCCCCGCGCCGCCCCUCUCGCCGGUGCCCCUGCCGGUGGCCCUGCCGCCGGUGCCCCUGCCGCCGCCGCCGCCGCCGAGCAGCAGCAGCAGCAGCAACAGGCUGGCCCGGCCCCCUUUCGGGGCCGGUGCCACAACUGUGGCAUUCGUGGCCACAAAUCGGCCGACUGUCGCCGCCCUCGCCGCCCUCGCCACCCUCGCCGCGCCGCGGCCGCCGCCACCGGCCCAGUUAUGAACAUGAAAAAUGUUCAGAUGUUUUGCCAGACCCCUGGCCUGCAAGUCCCGGGGUUUUGGCAGCCGCAAGGUCGCCCCCGUCGCCCGGCCCGCGCCCUGCCCCCUGCCGCCGCCGCCAAGCCUGCCGCUGCCGCUGCCCCGGCCGCGGCCCCUGACGCCAUGGACAAAGAGAACGGCAGCCGUAAACAUCUCGCCACUGUCCCAGGGUACGACACUGAUCCUAUCCUCAUUGGUGUUGAUGGCACAGGCGUCGAACUCCUCAACAACGGCACAGAUGCAGCUCAUGGCCACUACGCGCUCAAAGAGAGCUCUGUUGAGCGCGCCUUUCGCGAUUCCUGUGAUUCUUUCUUUCUUUCCUCAUACAACACCAAUUUGAAGCUGGCUCGCUGCGCCGCCUACAACGAUCGUCUGUACAACCGCGCCCUCGCGGCCGUCAACGAUGCGCGCCUGGCCCUCACGCAGGGCCAGGCAACUCCUGCUACCCCAGCCGCUGUUUUGCAGCGCAUGACCGCCCUUGUCGCCUCUGCGGAGGCUCAUCUUGCGUCUCUGCCGCCUCCUCGCGCUUCGCGCCGCCGCCGCGUCGCCGCCUCUGCUCCGGUGUCGCGUGCCCGCACCCGGGCUGCUGCAGCUGCUGCUGCUGUCGCUGCCUCCGGCUCCGUCCCGCCCGUCCCUGCCUCCCCCGCCGCCACCGCCGCCAGCUCCGCCGACGACGACGACGAAGACGAUGAGAACGAUGAGGACGAUGAGGACGAUGAGGACGAUGACGAUGACGACACCGUCGUCAUGCUCAUCCGUGCCGCCGCGCCCGUUGCCGCUGCCGCACCUGCUGCCGCCGCCCCUGCUGCUGCUACCCAGGGAGCGCGCCGGGCCGAGCCUUGCGAGGCUUGCGCCAGGCAAGCCAUGGCUGGAAAGGGCCCCGGCGCGUGUUUUGACACCGCCAACGGUGACUCGGCGCGGUGCUGGCACUGCUUCAACACGCACAAGUGUGCUGCUUUGGACCCUUGGGUCUUGCCGGCCGCUCGCGGCUUCAUUGCCUCCAUCGAGGCAGAUUCCUCUGCCCGGGUAAGUUGCUUGGUGCUUGGUAUAGCUAUUCGUGUGCUCGGCUGA